UGUUGUGCAGAUAUGAAGGUACUGGGCCAGGUUGCUUUCCUGCUUUUGCUUGGGGGAAUCUGGUGUCAGAACAACCGUAAUGCUAAAGCUAGCAGCAAGUCCACCAAGAAGGCUGGUGGAAACCAAGGAGGUGAUGUUGGUCAGUCUCCCCCUGAGGCUGAUCACACUCCUGGAAGCACUGGAGGCACUGGGAACAAUCGAGGCACUGGAGGCACAGCCGAAUCAGGACGGGAGGGCGCUGCAGGAGCUCGAGCAGCUGGACAACAGACAGAUGAUAUGAGGCUGCUCUUCCUCAAGAACACCCAAGUCACAUGUAAUGAUGGAACAGCAGCUGGGUUUUACCUAAAGGAGUUCAGAGGAAGCCGCCGAUGGCUGUUAUUUCUGGAAGGUGGCUGGUGCUGCUACAGCAAAGAGACCUGUGAUUCCAGGUACCAAAAUAUCCCUCGACUAAUGAGCUCAUCGGGGUGGCCCCAAACAAAAAGAGGAACUGGAAUUUUGUCUUCUCAAGCAGAGGAAAAUCCACACUGGCAUAAUGCAAACAUUGUAUUCAUCCCAUACUGUUCCAGUGACGUAUGGAGUGGCACUGGGCCUGCACCAACCCCUCCUCCAAGACCAAGACAAGGCAGAGAGAGAGAAAGAGACAGAACCGCAAACACAACUGAGUACACCUUCAUGGGAUCCCUGAUCAUCCGUGAGGUCAUCAAAGACCUCAUCCCUAAAGGAAUCAAGCAGGCCAAAGUUGUCAUGUUGUCUGGAACAAGUGCUGGGGGGACAGGUGUUUUGCUGAACAUUGAGAGGGUGGCAAGUCAGCUGGAGCAGCUCGGUGCAGAGGCACAGGUCCGCGGUCUAGUGGAUUCUGGCUGGUUUCUUGAAAGUAAGCAGCCGAGAUCACCAAACUGCCCUGAGACUGUUUCCUGCUCACCUGAAGAUGCUAUCAAGAUAGGACUCAGGCUGUGGAAUGGGGUUGUGCCUGAUAGGUGUCGACAGCUCUACAGGAGAGGAGAGGAGUGGCAGUGCUUCUUUGGCCACAGACUGUACUCCACCUUGACCUCCCCUCUGUUUGUCGUGCAGUGGCUGUUUGACGAGGAGCAGCUGAGGGUGGAGAACAUUUACAUGGGAGGACAAAGUCUGUCCCAGGAGCAGUGGCAGUACAUACAGAACCUAGGCAGGGAGCUCAAGAACUCCCUGAGAGAUGUCACAGCUGUAUUUGCUCCCUCCUGCCUCUCCCAUACAGUGAUCACUAAAAGCAACUGGAUGAGUUUCCAAGUGAAAGGCACCUCUCUGCCGCGGGCUCUGCACUGCUGGGACAGGAGUCUGGAGGCAACCCGUAACAACAGGACCCCUGCCAAAGGUUGUCCAUUCCACCUGGUGGACACCUGCCAGCGGCCCCAGUGUAACCCCACCUGCCCGGCCUUGGUGGACCGGGCCACCCAGCAGGAGCUCACCCUGCUCCAGAUGCUGGUAGCCAUGGGCCUUGACCUUCAGAAGCUGGGCCUGGAUCCCCAGGGAGAUGCAGAUUCCCUGGCCAGCAUGGUCAGCAAUGGUGGCUAAGUUUAAAAGUGGAGAGCAGCUUAUAAGCUAGGCAUACAAAGGCAUACUAGAGGAAAAAUAAUGUGUUGAAAUUUUAAUGUAACCAUAGAAAUAGUAAAGAAAUCUGGUUACUACGUCUAGUGCUGCUCAGCAUUCCAUUAUGCUCCAUGUGUCUGUUAAAUUGAUGACUUGGCUGGUGGGUAUGUCACUGCGUCUGGGUCUAAAUGGUUUGGCUCUCCCUCUACUGGACACCAGAGGAAAGAUCUUUAGGUCUAAACCGAAGGUGUUUUAAAUUGUACUGGUUGAGGAGCUUUGAGUUUAAGCAGAUGGCCAGACAUACCUCCUACAAUUCUCUUUUUUAACCUGAUCAAUCUACAUCAAAAUUCAACUUCAGAGCAUGGUAGUCGAGUCAAACACUUUUAAUGAGUAGAAAAUCCUGCAAAAUGUUACUUUCGCUCCAUUCACAGUAGCUGUUUAAAUAAAUGUUUAUUAAUGUUAUUUCUACCCAACAGUCAUCUGUUACUGUUAAUGGAACAGUUUGGCAAUUUACCACAGAUUUUAGAAUUCAGAUUAUAUUUUGAUGAUAUCCCAUAUUUAAUUCUAACAUAAUAAAACACAAUUCAACUGCCUGUUCACCCAAUCCAGGAAAAAACAAGCCCAAAAACUGCACUCACACUGACUCGAUCAUUUUUUUGCACACAUAGUUCCAAAGACACUGAUUGUGAUUUAAUCUUUUUUGUGAGUUACUUUUUGUCUCUAGCUCCUGAUGCUAUGCUGACUUAUAUAUUACAUAAUAAACUGUAUAUACAUAUUUUAUUUUAUGCGCAUGUAAGACAAGUGUGUGAUUAGUUAUUGAUAUUCUGUGUAGGCCAGGGAGAGAUGAUCACAGUCCUGCUACUCUCACUUGUUCUCAUGUAGAGUGGCAGAUCUAUUGCAAAAACAUGUUUCUCAUUUAGCUAUUUGACUUAUAAAGUCUGCAAUAAAUGAUAAAAAUUCUAUAAAACAAACAACGCUGUGGUUAUUCACCACUCAGCUGUUAAAAUAAUCUAUAUCUAGUGACGUACAAAGACAUGAUACAGACUAUGUAUUGCAAUUCUUCAUUGUUUUCCGCUUUUAAGAGGCAUGCUUUCUUUCAUAAUGUCGUGACAGUUUUGCAAAGCUAUAUGUUACUGUCACUGUAUGUUUUCUUUUCAUCUAGGUACUGUGAUAACUAUGUAAACUGAUUGGACAAAAAGUGUACCUACAGGUAAUAAGUAUCAGACUGAGUUGUUGCACAUGUUGAAAUGGGGAAUAAAAAUAUUAAUUGGCUCUGACAA